ACAAGCCCUAACAGUACACAGAGUGACCUGCAGGGGGCAGGAGAGCACUUAACUAUAAACUACAUCACUUAUAAACUCAGCAGGACACAGAGUGACCUGCAGGGGGCAGGAGAGCUCUCUGAUCUUCAAACCACAUGACUUACAAGCCCUAACAGUACACAGAGUGACCUGCAGGGGGCAGGAGAGCACUUAACUAUAAACUACAUCACUUACAAACCCUAACAGUACACAGAGUGACCUGCCGGGGGCAGGAGAGUGCUUUGAACUUUUAACUGCAUCACUUGUAAACUCAGGAGAGCCCAGCCUUCAGAGUGGUUUAUCAACAGUACAAAAAUACUAAACAAAUACUCAAAAAAAUAAUAAAGCAUUAGAUAAAAGGAAUAUGUGGUAUGAGUAAAAAAAAAUGCAAAGAUGCACUGUGUCUCCGCCCCUUCUUCUCAGGAAGCUGAACAAACCCGUUGAAAUGAAAGUGAAACUUGGCAUCUCCACUUUACGAAGUGAUGAACACAAAUGACUUUAGGACAGAAAGACGGUUCCAGCUGUGACCUGCAGGAGACAUGAGCUCCACAAUGAAUUCCUCUGGAGAAGAACAGCACACAGAGAGAGAGAUGAGAAUGAUGAAGCGGAAAAGAUCAGACUCACCUGAGCCCAGCUGUGUGUCCAUGAAGAGUGGCCAGUCAAUGGAUCCUCCAAUCACUUUUAGAGAGAGAGGCUGUUCUCCUCCUGUGAGUGUCCAGAUGGAGAUAUCACACAUGUCCAGUACAAAUCAUCUGGAAUCCGUAUUCAAGCAUCUGGAGCACAAAAUAGUCUCUCUGGUGAAGAAAGAGCUGAAGAGGUUCAAGAAGCUGCUGAGUGCAGAUUACCCAGCAUGCUCUGAGAGAGAGGUGGAGGCUGAGGAGGAUCAGAGCAGUUCCAGAGAGGAGGUGCUGAAGAUCACACUGAACAUGCUGAGGAACAUGGAGCAGACAGACCUCGCUAACACCCUACAGAGCAAGGUGUCCCCUGUGUAUCAGCAAGAACUCAAAUCAAAACUGAUGAAGAAAUGUAAAAGAAUUAAUGAAGGAAUCUCACAGCUUGGAACCCUUCUGAAUGAGAUCUACACAGAGCUCUACAUCACAGAAGGAGGGAGUGGAGAGGUCAAUGAUGAACAUGAGGUCAGACAGAUUGAGGCAGCAUCCAGGAGACCAGCAACAGAGGAGAAACCCAUCAAAUGCAGUGACCUCUUUAAAGACAGACCCAUCAGAAUUGCGCUGACUAAAGGAGUUGCUGGAAUUGGAAAAACAGUCUCAGUGCAGAAGUUCAUUCUGGACUGGGCUGAAGGAAAAGCAAACCAGGAUGUCCAAUACAUAUUUCCACUUCCAUUUAAAGAACUGAAUUUGAUGAAGGAGAAAAGACUUAGCCUGAUGGAGCUUCUUCAUCAGUUUUUCCCUGAAAUAAAGGAACUAAAAUCAAUAGACUGUGAUUCUCACAAAGUCAUGUUCAUCUUUGAUGGUCUGGACGAGUGUCGACUUCCUCUAGAUUUCCAGAACAAUGAGAGCCUUUGGGAUGUAACAGAUUCAGCCUCAGUAGAUGUGCUGCUGACAAACCUCAUCAAGGGGAACCUGCUUCCCUCGGCUCUCCUCUGGAUAACCUCUCGACCAGCAGCAGCCAAUCAGAUCCCUCCUGAGUGUGUUGACCUGGUAACAGAGGUACGAGGGUUCAGUGAUGCUCAGAAAGAGGAAUACUUCAGGAAGAGAAUCAGUGACCAGAGCCUGGCCAAUAAAAUCAUCUCACACAUGAAGUCCUCAAGAAGCCUCUACAUCAUGUGCCACAUCCCAGUUUUCUGCUGGAUUGCAGCCACUGUUCUAGAGAGAGUGUUGGGUGGAGCAGAAAGUGGAGAGAUCCCCAAGACUCUGACUCAGAUGUUCACCCACUUCCUGAUCUUUCAGAUCAAACACAAGGACCAAAAGUACCAUGGGAAAUAUGACACUGAUCUUCAGCAGACCAGAGAGAUGAUUCUGGCCCUGGGAAAACUGGCUUUCCAACAGCUGGAAAAGGGCAAUCUGAUCUUCUAUGAGGAUGACCUGAGAGAGUGUGGCAUUGAUGUCAAAGAAGUGUCAGUGUACUCAGGAGUUUGUACCCAGAUCUUCAGAGAGGAGUUUGGGCUGCACCUGGGGAAGGUGUUCAGCUUUGUGCACCUGAGUGUUCAGGAGUUUCUGGCUGCUUUAUAUGCAUUUCUCUCCUUCAUCAGUGGAGAAAGAACAAAACAGCUGACCACUGAUCUCUCUGAUAUUUUCAGAGAGUCCAGCAUGUCAGACUUCCUCAAGUCUGCAGUGGACAAGGCCUUACAGAGUGAGAAUGGACACCUGGACCUUUUCCUCCGCUUCCUUCUGGGUCUCUCACUGGAGUCCAAUCAGACUCUCUUACGAGGCCUACUGACCCAGACAGGAAGCAGCUCUCACAGCAAAGAGGAAACAGUCCAGUACAUCAAGGAGAAGAUCAGAGAGAAUCCCUCUACAGAGAAAUCCAUCAAUCUGUUCCACUGUCUGAAUGAACUCCAUGAUCAUUCUCUAUUGCAGGAAGUUCAGUCAUACCUGAGGAGAGGAUAUACACUUAUCAAUGGAGUUGGUCGUCUCAGUGGAGUGAAUCUCUCUCCUGCCCAGUGGUCAGCUCUUGUGUUUGUGUUGCUGAACUCAGAAGAAGAGCUGGAUGAGUUUAACCUGCGUACAUAUCACCCAUCAGAGGAUGGACUUCUGAAGCUGCUGCCAGUGAUCAAAGCAUCCAGAAGAGCCUGGUUGUGUUACUGUAAUCUUACAGAGAAAGGCUGUGCAGCUCUGUCCUCAGCUCUCAGCUCGGAUUCCUCAGGUCUGAGAGAACUGGACCUUAGUUACAAUAACCUGCAAGAUUCAGGAGUAGAGCUGCUCUCUGCUGGACUGAAGAAUCCACACUGUAAAGUGAAGAAACUGAGGCUGAGUUGGUGUAGUCUCACAGAAAAAAGCUGUUCAGCUCUGUCCUCAGCUCUCAGCUCAAACUUCUUCAGUCUGAGAGAACUUGAUCUGAGUUAUAAUGAACUGCAGGAUUCCGGAGUGGAGCUGCUCUCUGCUGGAUUGGAUAAUCCACACUGUAAACUGGAGAUACUGAAGCUGUGUGACUGUAACCUCACAGAAGGAUCUAGUGCAGCUUUGUCCUCAGCUCUCAGCUCAAGCUCCUCAAGUCUGAGAGAACUGAACCUGAGUUACAACAAACUGCAGGAUUCAGGAGUGGAGCUGCUCUCUGCUGGUCUAGAGAAUCCACACUGUAAACUGGAAGAACUGCAGCUGUUGAACUGUAAUCUCACAGAGAAAAGCUGUGCAACUCUGUCCUCAGCUAUUGGUUCAAACUCCUCAAGUCUGAGAGAACUGAAUCUGAGUUUCAAUGAACUGCAGGAUUUGGGAGUGGAGAUGCUCUCUGCUGCACUGAAGAAUCCACAUUGUCGGUUGGAGAUCCUGGUGAUGUGUAAUUGUAAUCUCACAGAGAAAAGCUGUGCAGCUCUGUCCUCAGCUCUUGGCCCCAACUCCUCAAGUUUGAGAGAACUGAACCUGAGUAACAAUAAACUGCAGGAUUCAGGAUUGGAGCUGCUCUCUGCUGGACUGGGGAGUCCACAAUGUAAACUGGAGAAACUGGAGCUGUGUUACUGCAGUCUCACAGAGGAAAGCUGCACAAUUCUGUCCUCAGCUCUCCAGUCAAACUCCUCCAGUCUGAGAGAACUGAACCUGAGUGACAAUAGGCUGCAGGAUUCUGGAGUGGAGCUGCUCUCUGAUGGACUGAAGAAUCCACACUGUAAACUGGAGAAACUGGAACUGCAUAACUGUAAUCUCACAGAGAAAACCUGUGCAGCUCUGUCCACAGCUCUCAGCUCAAACUGCAGUCUUAGAGAACUGGGCCUGUGUUACAAUAAACUGCGAGAUUCAGGGGUGGAGCUGCUCUCUGCUGGACUGGAGAAUCCAUAUUGUAAACUGGAGAUACUGAGGCUGUGUAACUGUAAUCUCAUGAAGGAAAGCUGUGAAGCUCUGGCUUCAGCUCUCAGCUCAAACUCAUCAAGUCUAAAAGACCUGAACCUUAGUAAUAAUAAACUGCAGGAUUCAGGAGUGGAGCUACUCUCUGCUGGGCUGGUGAAUCCACACUGUAAACUGGAGAAACUGGAGUUGGGUGACUGUAAUCUCACAGAGAAAAGCUGUGCAGCUCUGUCCUCAGCUCUUAGCUCAGCUCAAAAUCUGAGAGAACUGGACCUCAGUAACAAUAAACUGCAGGAUUCAGGAGUGGAGCUGCUCUCUGCUGGACUGACAAAUCCACACUGUAAACUAGAGAUACUGAGGCUGUAUAACUGUGAUAUUUCAGAUGAAGGCAGUGCAGCUCUGGUUUCAAAACUGAAAUCAAACCCCUCUCACAAGAGAACUAAAUUUCACCUCCAAUAUUGGAGAACAUAAACUUCCCUAUACCAGGAGAGUGAGAAGCUGCUUACUGAUCUACUGGGGACUGGUUAUUGUAAACUGAAGAAACUACAGGGAGUUACAGACUCACUUCCUUUAAAGGCACAUUGACAGACAUAUUCUACCAGUCCAACCCCCUUGUAUAAUCUUUACCCUCUGUGUGUAUGUUUGGGUUCUUUUUAGUCAAAUCCAUGAACACGGCUGCAGCAUUGUUUGAUCUCAUGAUAUCACUUCCUCCACUGAAUACUCUAAGCAAGUGGAAAUCUUGAUACAGUGUCAUAAACAUUAAUAAUGUGGUUGGCGUAGUGUAGUGGGUAACACCUGCGCAUUGUAGACUGGGGUUCAAUCCCCCACCAGGGUAAGCACCCUACGCUAUACGAAUGAGGGUCCUUGGGCAAGACUCCUAACACCACUUUGUGUAAAAUGAUCAAAAAAUGUAUGUUGCUCUGGAUAGCAGCGUCUGCCAAAAUGCCAUAAAUGUAAACAACAUGAGCUCAAAAAUCUAAACUGGAGAUACGACUGAGCAUUACUUUAGCAGAGAGCCUGCUGAAGAACAUCUGAAUGAUGUGAUGAAACUCUGCUCCCUUUCUCUUCUUUAGUUGUCAUCAGUAAAUUUUUUAACUGUA